GGUCACUGUGAGUGACCCAAAUGGGGGGCACUAGCUGGCCACUUAUCUAUGAGCUCCUCGCCAAAAAUGAUGGGGUGACUCUCUGACUCUUCCCCGCCAUUGUCAUCUCCGGUACAGAAAAUGGAUUUUAGUAGGAGGAUAUAUACGAGGAGGCAGUGGGGUGACUCUUGCAGGGAAUGGAAUGAGGAGAAGAAGAGGAAGAAGAAGCAAACCCAGACCAGCAAUAUUGGUUGUCCUGGAAAAGGUGACAGCUUUCCAAUUGUAGUGGCCAUUGAUGAAGAAGAUCAAGAAGAUGACAGUCCCGCGGAUGAAAUUCUUGAGGGAAAACCCGCGGUGAGUGUAGAGGAGGAGGAGAGUGAUGACGAAUUAAAGAAGAGUAAGAAAAGGAGGAAUGGUGUCAUUGGAAAGAACAGUAGUUUUCGUGGUCCCGGCUGUGGUGAAGUGUUGUUGAAAUCUUCCAAGAAUGUGAAAAAGGGGUUGGUUGUGGAAGAGAAUAUCGGAAAUGGUAGUGUUGAUUCAGAAAAAGAGGACGAAAAUCGCGUUUCUAUAGAUGAAAUGGCGGGGAAAAUUGUUGGGGGAAACCCGGUGGCGAGUGUGAAGGAGAAAGACUGUGGGAGCAGUGUUGAAAUGUUGAUGAAAUCUUCGAAGAACGUGAAGGAGGGUAUAAUGGGAAAGGAGAACAUUGGGAAUGGCAGUGUUGGUUCAGAAGGUGAAGGCGGUGACGAAGCGCAUGAUCAUGAAAUGGAGGAAGAGGGAUAUGAAUCUCGUUGCCAUACGUCAAAUGAGAAGAUUUCCAAUAAUGGUGGCUGUGAUGAUGGUGAUCAUGUUCCAUUCUUGGAUAACUGUUUAACUUCAAGAGAAAUAAUGUUGACAAAUGGGGUUGAUGAUGAUGAUGGGAUGGAUGAGGGCGAUAUGGGUAAUUCAAUGGAGAAGAAUGAUGAAAAGGUGGAGAAGAAGAUGGAAUGCUCCAAUGGUGAUGGUGCUCGUCCAAUGGCUGUUGAAGACAAUGAAGAAGAAGAAGAUGAUGUCACUUGGAUUGCGAAGGAAGACAUUGUAAUCAAUUCAGAUCACCAUCAACGGAGGCUUGACAAGCAGAUGAAAAAGAGCAAGUGCAAUGUAAGGAACAACAAUGCCCUCUUCGGCAUUGCUUUUCGUCUCAGAUCACGUUCGGCCUCCCAGUUUACAAUCAAGGGAAACAGCAGGGUUGAUUCAGAAAACGAGGAAGAAAAUCGCAGUUCUAAAGAUAAAAUGGUGGGAGAAAUUCUUGAAGAAAACCGUGGGGCGAGUGUGAAGGAGAAAGAUUGUGAGAGCAAUGCUGGUUUUGUUGGUUGCAGUGAUAUUUUGCUGAAAUCUUCGAAGAACGUGAAGAAGGGUAUAAUGGGGAAGGAGAAAAUUGGGAAUCGCGAUGUUACUUCAGAAGGUGAAGGUGAAGAAGUUUCCCCUGCUUCGAAGGAAGAGGAACCAAAGAAGCUUUCAUUCUAUGAGGCCAUCAGAGAGGGAAAACACGCAGAGAAUAACAACGGCAAGAAGAGAAAAAGAGUGAAAUGUACUCACAGAAUGAAGAUGUCGAAAUGUGGGAAGAAAGAUUUCGAGCUCAAGAAAAUGAUUCUGGACUCACUCUGGGGGGAUGCGGGCAUCACCAAGAAAAAGAUGCCGUUUUCCAAAGAUAACGUGAAAGGGCCAUUGCCUCUCAAGUUCCGAUUUGAGGACGAAGAUCCUUCUCCACCAGAGAAAAGCAAAUGGGAGAAUGAGAUCGAGAGCCUCUUCGCGGAUCUUCAAUCAAGUCUUGAGGAAGUCAAAGAGAGCUUGACCACUGAACCCAUGGCAGAAGAUGAUUGCAGCAAUUCUGAAGAGAACGAAGACGACCCUCCAGCAGUCUGCUGCAAAAAGGGGAAACACUUCCUGAUUUUAGAUGAGCAGAUUGGGCUGAUUUGCAAGCACUGUUCAUUCGUGCACAGCGAGAGGAGGUUCAUCCUGCCCUCAUUUGCCAUUAAAACUGGUGGGAGACGAUACGCGAAAUGCUUUGAUGGAUACGACCAUACCUUUGGUUAUGGCCUUCCCGCGUCUGGGGCUGCUGGGAGUCCCCAUUGUUCUUCAAUAUAUGAUGGAGGAGGGACAGUGAACAUCGCGGGUGACAUUCACGUUGAGAAUAUGAAGAAGCUGGCGCCGGACGGUGGGAAGGGGUGCAUCAUUUCGCACGCGCCCGGCACGGGGAAGACCCGCCUCACCAUAACUUUCCUCUUCUCAUUCAUGAAGCUCUUCCCCACGUGCCGUCCCCUCAUCAUAGCCCCCCUCAGCAUGCUCCUCACGUGGGAGGUGGAGUUCAAGAAAUGGGAGGUCGACAUCCCUUUCCAAAACAUGAACAACCACGCGUUGUCCGGGAGGGAAUUCGCCCACGCCGCGGAUGGAUUUGCCCUCCCCUACGAGCCCAAGGGGUGGGAGUCGAAGCGCGUGCUCAAGCUCUGCGCGUGGGCGAAAGGGUCCGGAAUCUUGGGCAUUUCCUACCGGCUCUUCGAGCAGCUCGUGAGGGUGAACGAGAACCGCGAAGACGACCGGGUGAGGAAGAUACUCCUCAAGGUCCCAAGCUUGGUGGUGCUCGACGAGGGGCACACCCCGAGGAACGAUGGGAGCCUCCUUUGGAAUGCACUCUCAAGGCUUGAGACGCUGCGCCGGAUCAUCCUCUCCGGAACCCCUUUCCAGAACAACUUCGACGAGCUUUACAACACGCUACGCCUUGUGUGCCCGAAGUACGUUCUGAAGAGGAAUUCGGGUAAAAAAGUGUGGGAACGCCUCACGACCUCUAUCAUGGAGGAGGAAAAAAACCCGGACGUGGGGGAGCUCAAGAGCAUCAUUGCCCCUCUUGUCCAUGUCCACAAAGGAUCUAUACUCUUAGACCGUCUCCCCGGGUUACGGUCCACAUUGGUGUACCUAAACCCAACUCCCCUGCAACAGAGGAUGUUCCUAGUCACCCCACAGAAAAAGUUCUUUGAAGAGGACAACCUGAUGACUAGGAUCUCCGCCCACCCUUCCCUUGUCAAGGACGUCCCGGGCUUCUCCGAGUUCAAGCCCGAAAUGGAGGCAGUCGAGCUUGACCCGGACGCUGGCCCGAAGACCGAAUUCGUGUUCGCGCUCGUCCGGUUAAGCCACUUGAGCUCAGAGAAGGUCAUAGUCUUUAGCCAGUACCUUUCCCCCUUGGACCUCCUCAAGAAACAGAUGGAGGCAGUUUUGGACUGGGUGGAGGGGAGGGAGGUGCUGUACAUGGACGGCGACGUGCAGUGCAAACAGCGCCAGGUGGCGAUCAACACGUUCAACGACCCGGGCAGUGAGGCGAAAGUGCUUUUGGCCUCCACAAGGGCCUGCUCUGAGGGGAUAAACCUCAUAGGGGCAUCCAGGGUGGUCUUGAUGGACGUGGUUUGGAACCCGUCGGUCAAGAGGCAGGCUUUGAGCAGGGCGUACAGGUUAGGGCAGACGAAGGUCGUGCAUGUUUACCACUUGAUUUCGUCGACAAUGGAGGCCAAGAAGUUCAGCUGGCAGGCCAAGGACUUGCUGUCUGAGCUGGUGUUCUCGGAUGGUGGGGUCCGCGGCGGUGGCAGGAGAGGGGAGGGGCUCCGGGGGUCGGAAGAUAGGAUCUUGGAGGCCAUUGUUCGGCACCCGAAGCACGGGAGGAUCUUUGAUCGGAUGGUUCAUAAUCCUAACGAAUCCGAUUCUAUUGACACAUUCGACUUUGUGGAGUAGAGAUUUGUUGUUCUCUGCAAUUUUGUCUCUUUUUGUAUGUGUACAGUGUACUUGGUGUAUUGUAUCCUGUAACAUUUUCUUCUUUGUAAUGUUAAUUAUGUGUACUCAUUCAAAUAAUGCCUUGACUUGUGU